AUGCGCUUCCGAGCGACGUUGGCCAGUCCGGUGCAGUUCGGUCGCCUGGCCACGUCCCUCUCACCCCUGUCCAAGCAGGCGACCAUCAAACUCAAACCCGACUCGGUGCAUCUCGUCUGUCUGAGCGAUACGACCGCCAAUGGCGUGCAGGUGUGGAGGUACGUCCUUUCAUAACUCACUCGACCUCGAUCGAUCUGGGGACUCGGACUCAAUUUUGCUAGUACUGACCACGUGUCGAAUGGAUGUGAAUUCGUUCAAACAGUCAAAUAGCAGUGGUGAGUGCUGUAGCCUCGAUCUUACCGCAUCGCAUCCCGUCAUCCUUCCCCGCCGAGGGUUGCUCGCUGACGAUUUGACAUCUCGUCGCUCGUGCAGUCGUCCAUUUUCAGGAUUGACCAGGAUUUCCGCCUCGAGUCCAAUAGCAACAACGAGAUCUACCUCGAGGUAUCGACAGAGGCUCUGGCCAAGGCAUUGAGAUCGGCUCAUGUAUGCACUCGAAUCAUACUUUAACCUUCGUGACAUGUACUGACCGACGCUCCAUCAUCCAUCAGGGAGCGACCGAAGUGACGAUCAAGUUGGCCAAAAAGGGUGGUCAAGGUCCCGAUGGCUCGGGCAAAGGCGCACGACCCGUUCUGACACUCAACAUCAAGACCAUCGUGCGUUGUGAUCUAGUCCGCCAUCGCCGCCUCGAAAACAGAAUCCUGACACGCCUCCUCGCUCACGCAGAGCAAAGGGAUGAACCCGACCGACAUCAGUCAGGACGUCGGCGUGCGCGUCAGAAAAGCCGCCGAGAUGGACCUUCUCAAAGAACCACUUUGUCCAACACCCGACGUAGGUUUCUCAUUCCUCUGGUCGAGUCGAGUCCGUCGUUACUGAUACUGAGUUCGGGACGUGGACAGAUCAAUAUCAUGUUGCCGCCGUUGGCGACGCUGAAGACGAUCUGCGAGCGCCUUAAAACCAUCUCACCUUUGGUCACGAUCAGUGCGAACCAUCAGGGUGAACUCAAGUGUGUUUUUGGAUGAUUCGUACAGGUGAACGUGUCUAGAACUGACUCAUCGACCUUCGGUCCUCCAGACUUCGUGCCGAAAGUGAAGAUGCGAACGUGACGACCGAAUGGCGCGGGUUAUUACACCCUCGUCCCGGUGAAGAAGGUUCGUCAGGAAGUACGCACUGUUCCCACUGAUUUAUUCAUCCCACUCACCUCAUCUUUGUCCGUUCAAAGACCCAGCGCCGACCGCCGAACCCGAUCCAAGCCAGUUCUUCUCCGUGACGGUGGAUUCAAAGAACCUGCUCAAGUUCCUCGCCGCGUACCCGAUCUCGUCCUCGACGAUCGCUUCCUUGUGUGAAGGGCAUUGCGCGAUCUUUUAUCUCUACCUCGCGUCAAAGGGGGAAUCGCAGGGUGGGGUGUUGACGUAUUUUGUUCCGGCUGUCAGUACGGGAGGGGAUGAAUGA